GAUGAGUUCGCACGCAGCUCCUGCCAGCCGCACGUAUCCGGCUCUUUUCCAGGGAUUUAUUUAAGUAUCACAAUGACUCGUGUAUACGAAGAUUUUGAUCCAGCGUUUGCCGCAGUUUGCAGCGACGUGACACUCUACUCAAAUAACAAAGGGUUUUUCAAAGGAUUUGUGGAACAAAUACUGUCUAUAGCAGAAGAAGACGGGUGGUUGAGCAAAUUCGAUGAAGUCCCUGAAAAGAACAAAGUCACAGUGGUGUUGGAAAAUGAAACGAUAAUGGGUGCGCUUAAAGAAGUAUUUUUAAGGAUACAACCUAUGUAUCGCAGUAAAGAUGCUAAAAUAUCGCACGAAAAGAGGUUGUUGGCAAUGACAGCAUUAAAAGAAGGAGACUUGACAAAAGGCCUAGCUCUCGCCAGCCAAGCGGUCCUCAGAGCUCCAAAGACAGGUACCGACGAGAUAUUAGACGAUGGAGUAUCACUUGCCCUUGCGCUGUGGCUUCGCUCUGAAAUACUUCUUCGUUUAAACAAACCUGCAGCUGCUUUGGAAGAUUUAAAAUUAGCUCUAAAGGAAAGACUUCCUGUUCGGAUGAGAGCUGAGUAUUAUUGGAGAAUGGGCCAUUGUUACAAAGGUAUCGGAGAACCUACUCGAGGAAAAGUCUCAUACGAAUUAGCUGGAAGACUCCUAGGAAAUAAUGAGCAAGCUAAAAUACAACUGUCUAACGACAUUAGUUCUCUGGAUUAUGCAGACAAACCUAAGCAGGGUCUCAAUAGGUCAGAUUUGUCAGUAACAGGUGGAGCAAAACAAAACUUACCUGCGCUGUCAAAAUUGUUAAAAAUCGUUGAAGAAGAAGAAAAGGGUCGGUUUGCUGUUGCUGAUACUGAAAUAAAAACUGGUGAUGUUCUACUAGUGGAUGAACCAUAUGCAGCAUGUCUUCUUCCAGACUUUUAUGGAUCUCAUUGUCUUCAUUGUUUUAGGCGAUUAGACUGUGAAGAAAGCGCUCCUGUUUGGUGCCCGACUUGUUCUGGAGUGGCAUUUUGUUCACUAAAAUGUCGCGAUAAAGCUAUUUCUACAUACCAUUCAUAUGAAUGUCAGUUUUUAAACCUUUUUAUAGGGUCAGGAAUGUCUGUCCUAAGCCAUAUAGCACUGCGCAUGAUAACUCAAACCGGUCUUGAUACAUGUGAAAUCAUUCACUCAAAGUAUCUAGGUGACUUAAAAACUGUCGAGAGUGCCGUAUUAAAUGAUAUCGAAGGUAUUACCAAAAAAAAUAAAAUUAAAAGCAGAAAAGAGCGCUUGAAUCGUACAAAGAAAGGAUUAAACGGAUUUGGGGAGAAUAAUUCGAACGAGAAAAUCGAAAUGAAAAUAGAGAACAAAACGAGUUUUCAGGAAAAAUUAGAAAUGACAGCUGCACAAAUUUACUCUCUAUGUUCGCAUUCAAGUCAGAGAAAAGGAACAGAUUAUCUCAAGAGGAUAAUCAUGGGGUUAUUUCUAACAGAGUGUUUAAAGCGAAGUGGUUUUUUUAAAGCUUGCACGACGGAAAAUUUACAAAAAGCCGAAAAUAUCAUUUGCGAGUUGAUUGUUCGAAAUUUACAAUUACUACAAUUUAAUGCCCACGAGAUUUACGAAACGGUCCGUGGCAAACACAAAUUCAAAGGCUCUAAUGCAAUUUACAUUGCAGUCGGUAUAUAUCCAACAGGAGCAUUGUUUAAUCAUGAAUGUUAUCCCGCUGUGGCAAGAUACUUUGAUCAACAAAAAAUAGUCCUCCGUGCUAUAAGACCACUUCAACCAGGAGAAGUUGUUUCCGAAAAUUAUGGCCCGCAUUUCUUGAUGCGAACUCUUAAAGAACGUCAAAGAAUGCUCGCAUGUAGAUAUUGGUUCCGAUGUGAAUGUAUUGCUUGCAAAGAAAAUUGGCCAACACUUAAACAGCUGAAUGCUGAAACACCACUAUACAUCAGGUGCCCUAACGAAAACUGUACUGGAAAAUUCAGAUGGAAUAAAAACCAUCCGAACAGGUGUUCCAAAUGCUCAACGGUCAUAAAUAAAGAUACAGUUAAAAAAUAUGUAGAAGAUAUUAAUAAUUACCUGUCUCGAUAUCAGGAAGGAGCGAAGCUUAUGGACGAUGAAUUAUGUGAAGAAGCCAUCAAAACUUUGACAGAGGCAGUGGACGAUUUCUACAAAGUUGCACGACCACCGCACUGGGAAACGCACAUAGCACAGGAAUCACUUAGGUCCUGUUUCGCAACAGCAGGAAACGUUUACGUUGUGCCAAAUAAAAAUGAGCAUGAGGGAAAUAAUGACUUGAUCAUGCAAUGUAAAUAGAAGUAAAAAACUUAAACAAUUGAAGAAUAUUUGCAUUAAUUAGUUUUUAUAAGUAAAAUAAGUAUUGUAAGUAAUACUUUAAAUUACGAAUAAUAUAUUCACUUAAAAUGUACAACUAUAUCAUUUUAUUUUAACAUAACGUUUAAUUUUAUUUGUACCAAUUAUCAUUUAUAUAAUUAUAAAAGGAAUUUAAGUAAAUGAUAACAAUGAAUUUAGAAGCGGCUUUUAUAACAAAAGUCAAGUGAUUAUAUUACUACCUCGUACUAAAAUUAACACGAAAAUUAAUAGCCACAAAAGACUAGACUAAUAUAAAUUUAAUGUAUUUUAUUUAUUGCUAAAUUAAUUGAAGAAUCUUAAGUUCAUUGUUAUUAUUUCAACAGUUGUUUUAAAAUAAAUAAAAAUAACUCA